GAAGAAGAUAUUUUGUGAUGUAAAAUCACAAAUCACGCCCCUUUGGGUAUAGCUAGUAGUAGUCCCUAGUAUAACCAAAGAAUGGGCAUUUGAUGUCCCACGAGUUCUCAACUACCAAUCAAACAACUUACCUUUAUAUCUUCUUUUUUACCCUAUAAAUAACCAUUCAUUAUUUAGCUCCGACAUAUCUUCAUCUCUCUUAUACUCCUUGAAAUUGACAACUACCAAAACUCCAAUUAAAAUGUCUUUCAACCCUUUUCAUCUCUUCAUUUUCUUCUCUCUUUUCCUCUUCAUUUUCUCAAUAUUACACAAAUUUAAUCCAACAUUAUUCUCAACAAAACAUUCUAAAACUACAAUAUCACACGGUCCUCCUUCUUACCCUAUUAUUGGUUGCCUUAUUUCCUUCUACAAAAACAGGAGGAGGCUCUUAGACUGGUACACCGACCUCCUCUCCAUGUCUCCUACUCAAACAAUCGUAGUGAGCCGGCUUGGAGCACGUAAGGUGAUCGUAACAGCUAACCCUGAAAACGUCGAAUACAUUCUUAAAACAAACUUCCCUAACUUUCCAAAGGGUAAACCCUUAGCUGAAAUUUUAGGUGAUCUUUUAGGUAAUGGUAUAUUUAACGUUGAUGGCGAGUUAUGGGCGAAUCAAAGAAAGUUGGCGAGCCACGAGUUUACGACUAAAUCGUUACGAGAAUUUGUUGUAAAAAUUUUGGAAGAAGAAGUUGAAGGUCGACUCAUUCCUUUGCUUCAACUUGCUGCUCAUGAAAAUAGAAUCAUUGAUUUACAGGAAAUACUAAAACGAUUCACGUACGAUUCAAUAUGUAAAGUCUCCUUAGGGAUUGAUCCAAACUGUCUAGACCUCUCAGCUCCCAUCCCACCGAUCAUUACCGCCUUCGAGAGCGCGGCCGAGAUCUCGGCUAAGCGCGGUGCUAGUCCAAUCUAUAUCAUAUGGAAGCUCAAGCGAGCUCUUAACCUUGGCUCUGAGAAGCACCUCAAGCAAUCCAUCAAGACACUUCAUAAUCUUGUUAGUGACAUCAUUUGUACUAAGAAAGAGUCACUUGCUAAUUCAGAAGAGGCAAAUAAUGAUGACCUCCUCUCUCGAUUUCUCUCCGCUGGCUAUGACGACGAUCUAGCUAGGGAUAUGGUGAUCAGUUUUAUUUUGGCCGGUCGCGAUACAACUGCGGCUGCAAUGACAUGGCUUUUUUGGCUUUUAUCAUCGGUGAACCUCGCUGCUCGGGAGAGUAUUAGGACUGAAUUGGCAACUGGAACCGAUUUGAGUUCGAACCCACUAGGGUAUGAGGUAUUGAAGAGAGAAAUGAGAUAUUUGCACGCUUGCAUAUGCGAGGCAAUGAGGUUGUAUCCUCCAGUUCCAUGGGACUCAAAGCAUGCCCUAAACAACGACGUAUUACCAGAUGGGACUAGGGUGAGGAAAGGAGACCGUGUUACAUACUUUCCUUACGGUAUGGGAAGAAUGGAGGCUAUUUGGGGGGAAGAUAGUUUAAAGUUUAAACCAAAACGCUGGUUUGAAAGCCAAACUGGGGCUAACAACUCACUUUCAGACGAAGAGAACAAUGAAAAUAAUCAUACAAAAAAGUUAAAGAUGGUAAAUCCCUACGAAUUCCCGAUCUUCCAAGCCGGACCUAGAGUAUGUCUUGGAAAAGAAAUGGCAUUUAUUCAAAUGAAGUAUGUCAUAGCCUCAAUUAUAAGUCGUUUUAAUUUUGAGCCUGUUAACUGUGAAUCUCCAAUAUUUGUGCCCCUUUUAACUGCCCAUAUGGCUGGGGGCUUGAAAGUGAGGGUGAAGGAAUUUAUGAAUUAGGUAAUGUGGAGAGUUGUCGGAUGUUCCACAAUCCCAUUAUUGUAUUGAUAAAAAUAAAAAAAAAUUUAAAAAAUAAGAAAAAAAAAAAAGACAAAAAAUGGGGAAAAAGCAAAAAAGGAAAUCAAUCAUAGUCAUUUUAGGGGCAUGUCCAACGUCAUAAGAAAUUUUUGCAUGUGGGUAAUAUGAGUUGUCCUGCAUAGUUUGGAGAAGUAUGUUACAAAGGUAGGGCAUAGACUUGGGUACAAACAAUUUUAGGUUUCAUUUUUCAAGUCAACUCAAUGUUUAGAUCUAUGGCGUUUUCCCAAAGAAGAUUUUUCAAAGGGGGUUUUCAUUGCCUAAUUUGGCUUUUUUGUAUUUCUGUUUAAGUUUGUACUUCAAAAAUGAAAUGUAGGCCAUGUUUCAUAAA